GUGUCGUCAUGGACCUGCGUGCUUGCGUAUGCGGAAGCUGCUGUAUGUGUGCGGUUGCUGCUGGGUUUUUUAUUUAAAUCUGUACAGUAGCCGGACAGGGGUGGUGAGAAAUUGUUUAUAUUUUUCUCCAUUUUCUGGUGUGAGGAGAAAGUGGAGAACAGAAAGAGGACUAAAAGAGGGAGGAGGAGGGAUAAGCCAGAAUGGUGGAAGCUAGAAAAGCGGGGAAUAUGGCCACGGACGGGAUUCGGGAGCCGGCCCUGUACAUGAACCACAGCUCGGACAGCGGGAUGAGCGACGAGCUGGUGAGCUCCGUGUCCCUGUACCGGCGCAGGCCGCGGCUCCUUCACGGCACGGUGCUGCCGUUCGCCGGGCUGCUCUACCCGGGCUGGCUGUACGUGUGGGUCGGAGUGUACGGCGCCACCGAGUAUCCAGAGGCCGGCCUGCUCGGGCUCGCCGCCAUCGGGAUCGCGCACGUCCUCACCGUGCUGUCGGGUUACUGGUCCGUGCACGCGCACUGCUGGCUGACCUGCUCCAAGGAGCCCGAUCCGAGCAAGGCGGCCCUGGCUAAAGUAAUCCCCACCCCUAACAACGGCUCCGCUGAACUCGUACCCCUGCAGAGAGACAAGGACGAAGACGGACGAGGCGUCCUGUCCUUCGAGUUCCAGAAGAUCCGCUACGUUUUUGACUGGGACAGGAAGCUCUUUUUGCCCGUGGCCUUCCCUGUGGUUCAGCCGAUGGGAUAUUUCCAGACGUGGAGAGGAUACCAGGAGGAGCCUGAGCUCCGGGCUGCGGAGAAGCGAUACGGGACGAAUCGCGCCGAGAUGGUGGUGCCUGACUUCCUGGAGCUCUUCAAGGAGAGAGCCACUGCGCCGUUCUUCGUCUUCCAGGUGUUUUGUGUGGGGCUGUGGUGUUUGGAUGAGUACUGGUACUACAGCGUCUUCACGCUCUUCAUGCUCGUCGCUUUCGAAGCGUCUCUGGUCCAGCAGCAGAUGAGGAACAUGUCCGAGAUCCGAAGAAUGGGGAACAAACCCUAUAUGAUUCAGGUUUACCGGAACAGGAAAUGGAGACCGAUAUCUAGUGAUGAACUUGUCGCUGGUGAUAUUGUUUCAAUUGGACGCUCUCCUCAGGAGAACCUGGUCCCAUGUGACGUGCUGCUGCUUCGAGGACGCUGCAUUGUGGAUGAAGCGAUGCUGACCGGGGAGUCGGUGCCUCAGAUGAAGGAGCCGGUUGAGGAUUUGGACCCAGAGAGAAUCCUGGACCUGCAGACGGAUUCACGGCUGCACGUGAUCUCAGGAGGAACGAAAGUGGUCCAGCACAGCCCCCCUCUCCGUGCCAGCGCAGGCCUCAAACCUGUGGACAACGGCUGUGUGGCGUACGUUUUACGCACAGGCUUCUACACUUCUCAGGGGAAAUUAUUACGCACUAUUCUGUUUGGAGUCAAAAGAGUCACAGCCAACAACCUGGAGACAUUCAUCUUCAUCCUUUUCCUGCUGGUGUUCGCCAUCGCUGCAGCUGUAUACGUGUGGGUGGAGGGGACCAAAGACUUGAGCAGGAACAAGUACAAGCUGUUCCUGGAGUGCACUCUCAUCCUGACGUCUGUAGUACCGCCCGAGCUUCCCAUCGAGCUCUCGCUGGCUGUCAACACCUCUCUCAUCGCCCUGGCCAAACUCUAUGUGUUUUGCACUGAGCCCUUCAGGAUUCCUUUUGCAGGAAAAGUGGAGAUUUGCUGCUUUGAUAAAACUGGAACACUAACCAGUGACAGCUUGGUGGUCCGUGGUGUGGCUGGAUUGAGAGAAGGGAAAGAGGUGAUGCCUGUGUCUGAAAUCCCGGUCGAGACUCACCGAGUCAUCGCUACUUGUCACUCGCUGGUGACACUCGAUGACGGUCAGCUGGUGGGGGAUCCGCUGGAGAAGGCCAUGCUGACCGCAGCAGACUGGACGCUCACUAAAGACGAAAAGGUGUUUCCUCGUGCAAUAAAGACCCCAGGCUUGAAGAUCCACCAGCGGUUCCACUUUGCCAGCGCUCUGAAGAGAAUGUCCGUCCUGGCGUCGUACGAGAGACUGGGAUCUACUGAACUCUGCUACAUCUCCACUGUCAAAGGAGCUCCAGAGACACUCAGGAGCAUGUUUUCAGAGUGUCCAGCCAACUAUGACGAAGUGCACAGAGAGAUGUCUCGUGAGGGAGCUCGAGUUCUAGCGCUGGGAUACAAGGAGAUGGGACACCUGAGCCAUCAGCAGGUGCGGGAGAUGAGUCGUGAGGCUCUGGAGUGCGACCUGAUCUUCGCCGGCUUCAUGGUGGUCUCCUGCCCGCUCAAGAACGACAGCAAGGCGGUUAUCAGAGAGAUCCAGGAAGCCUCGCAUCAUGUUGUAAUGAUCACAGGGGACAACCCUCUGACCGCCUGUCACGUCGCCCGAGAGCUACACUUCAUCCAGAAGGAGCACACACUAAUCCUACAGCCUGGACCUACGCAUGGUGAAUGGCAGUGGGAGUCUAUAGACGGCAGCGUUCAUGUUCCUCUGGCCCCUCUCUCUGUGUCGGCUCUGGUUAGCAGCUAUGACCUGUGUGUGACUGGAGAAGGCCUGACCCGGCUGACCUACGACCCCCGACUGCUCAAUACCCUGCUGCCUCACGUGCAAGUGUUCGCUCGCGUCAGUCCAAAACAAAAGGAGUUUGUCAUAACCAGUCUGAAGGGGUUGGGCUUCGUAACCCUCAUGUGUGGUGAUGGCACUAACGACGUCGGAGCGCUGAAACACGCCCACAUAGGCGUGGCCCUGUUAGCUAACGCUCCUGAGCGCCUGCCCGAGAAGAAGAAGAGAGGACGUGAGAAGGAGCCCCCUGCUGGAGAUUCCCGGCCGAUGCCUCCGCCGUCGAGCUCGGGGGGAAAAGUGAGCUCCCGAGCAGCCAGACAGAGAGUGAUGGCCCAGCGAGAGGAGCAGCUCGCCGCUCAGAAGGAGAGGAUAAGUCAGGUACUGCGUGAGUUGGAGGAGGAUCAGCUUCAAGUCGUCAAACUAGGAGACGCCUCAAUAGCUGCUCCGUUCACCUCCAAACUCUCCUCAAUACAGUGCAUCUGUCACGUGAUCAAGCAGGGCCGCUGCACUCUGGUGACCACGCUGCAGAUGUUUAAGAUCCUGGCUCUGAACGCUCUGGUGCUGGCCUACAGCCAGUCCGUGCUCUACCUGGAGGGAGUGAAGUUCAGCGAUUUCCAGGCGACUCUUCAGGGUCUGCUGCUCGCCGGCUGCUUUCUCUUCAUCUCAAGGUCAAAGCCCCUAAAGACGUUGUCUAAAGAACGACCCCUGCCCAACAUCUUCAACCUGUAUACGGUUCUGACGGUGCUGCUCCAGUUCGCUGUGCACUUCUGCAGUCUGGUGUAUCUGUACAGAGAGGCACAGAGCAGAAGCCCACCCAGAGAAGAGCAGUUUGUGGAUCUGUAUAAAGAGUUUGAGCCUAGCCUCAUCAACAGCACUGUGUACAUCAUGUCCAUGGCCAUGCAAAUGGCUACAUUCGCUAUUAACUAUAAGGGCCAUCCGUUUAUGGAGUCUCUGACUGAGAAUCGGCCGUUGCUGUGGAGCAUUGCCUUAUCUGGACUCGCCAUCGUGGGGCUGCUGACCGGCUCAUCACCUGAAUUUAAUGAGCAGUUUGCCCUUGUGGACAUUCCAACAGAGUUUAAGCUGGUCAUAGCCCAGGUGCUGGUGGUGGAUUUUGUGGCGGCGUUGCUCGUGGACCGAGUCCUGCAGUUCCUCCUGGGUAAAGGGACCCUGCGGUUGCCCAACUGAACUGAACUGUCAGUGGCCAAAGCAGCCGCUGCCCCUGAACUCAGACUGUAAGCGGGGGGAAGUGAAGUCAGCCCUGCGACACUCACACUCAUGAAGAAGCGGUGAUGGACGCGCCAGGCAAUACUGGACACACCCCAGUGUUCUCAGUCUUUCUGCUCUUUAUCUCGGUUUUGUUUUUGGGUUUUUUUUUGUUUUGUUUUUUUUUGCUUUCAUCCUCUUCGGUUACUUUUUCUUUUACCCUUCCAUCCGUUCUAACCUCCUUCCCAAUGCUGAAAGGCCAAGACGAUAACAGUAUUGUGUGGAAUGAGUGUGUGUGUGUGUAUGUAUGUGUGUGUGUGUGUGUGUGUGUGUGUGUGUGUGUGUGUGUGUGUGUGUGUGUGUGUGUGUGUUGGGUGCGUGUGAGUCACGCAGCUGACAGGGGCAUUCUCUAAGAGAACUGCAGAGUGUUUAAUUUUUUUGUUUUGAUUUUGUAAAAAGACAGAUGUCAAACUUAUAAAAAGACCAAAAACCUCAAGCUG